AUGCUUCACCCAAUAUAUUUGCUUUUAGGCGACUUCUCUUCUCUUGGAAACUGGGGAAGAGAUGGCCAACCUUCUCGGCUUCGACAGAUCGUCUCCGGCAAGGAGCUGCAUGCUAAAGAGAAGAUUGCUUUGAAAACGGGUCGGGAGUGGCUAAUCAAGCUUUCGCGUAUUCUGCUCGAAUACUUGGAGACUGAAGGAGGACAAGCGGUUGUAAGGAACUACAUAAAAUGGAAAACGCUGUUUUUCCAUUUAGCAUACGUGAAGCCGAAAUGUCGUGAUGGCUUAUUAUGGAGUGUCGUUGAAAUUUACUCUGGUCCUCCUCACCUUCGCAAGGAGUUCUGUAUAAUGCGAGCAUCUGGUAUCUUCCCUUUGUCGCUACCUUCAGUGCUCCGGAAGAUCGACGGUGUUAAGAAAGCUAGAGAUAAUAGGAACCUGGUAAAACAGAUUGCUUUGAAUGUUGUCGACGAAUACAGAAAAAUGUUGGAGUGGAGUAAUGUCCUGGACAACGUGACCUCUCCUAUAGUUUUGCAAAAGCUCUCCAAUAUGUCAAUUUUGAUCAGCUAUCCAGACAAGAUGGACAAUGAAAUGGCGAUGGAGAAAGAAGGCGAUCGAGUUGGUUAUCAAUAGUC